UUCUUAUUUUUAUAUGGCAUUGUGCCGGCCUUCCCACCGGCACAUAACAACACUUCACCCCCGUGUCUAACAACUCAAGUCACUGAAGAAAGUCCACGACCACCACCAACGGGAAGCUCUAGCAACGCUGAAGGUCCAUCCUCUAUAUUGGGGACCCACUCGACUGAAGGUCCAUCCUCUAUAUUGGGGACCCACUCGACUGAUGGUCCAUCCUCUAUAUUGGGGACGCACUCGACUGAUGGUCCAUCCUCUAUAUUGGGGACGCACUCGACUGAUGGUCCAUCCUCUAUAUUGGGGACGCACUCGACUGAGACCGAGCCAACAACCCUGAGUGUGACUUCAGCUUCCACAACCACGCCGCCGUCCUCCACGGCCGCCACCACUGCAAGGACCGAGACCGAGCCAACAACCCUGAGUGUCACUUCAGCAUCCACAACCACGCCGCCGUCCUCCACGGCCGCCACCACUGCAACGACCGCCUACGCGGACACAAUCAUUUGUUCCGUGUCAACAGAAUUGAGUCGAUGGGUCCCCAAGCUCGGGCAAUGCGACAUGUUGUUUGUUACAAUGCAUGUGACGCCUACCGAUAUCUCAUACGCUGGCAAAAAUGUCCUUGCAUAUGAAAAUCUGGUUCAUGAAAUGGCGUCUUCCAGGGCGAAGUUUGGUAUCGAUUUCCAUCACGGAAGUCUCACAGAAUCUCUACAGAACCUGCAACAGCUACCUCGAACAGGAUUGGACGCUUUCUUAAAGCUGGGUUUCACUGCGACCGGAGUGUUGGGCGCAGAAAUAGGACCUGUAUGGGAUACAAACAAUGAGGCCAGUGUGAGCAUUCUUAAGAUGACACAGAACUUGAUCAGAGCGACGGAAGGGCCAAUCAUUGGUGUUGCAACGAAGGAGGGAUCUGACGGAAAAGACAGCGGCGUACAUAACAAUCUCGCUCGCCUUUUGAGAGCAAUACAAGCCAGUUACGUGAUCUUUCGUAGCUCGAUGAUUCGUACUGACAGCAGGUCUUGCAUCGUACGCAGUCCUUCGCCAUGGCUGGGUGCAGCUCCAUCAUUUGAAGCUGCCUUGGAGUUACGACAGCACAUGCCACCGGACAUACGGGCGAGGCAACUUCUAUCAGUGUCGCCAGUAGUUGUGGAGUACAAGCUCUGGAAACUUACUGACCCUGUGGGCUCGUCGUGCAGAACAACGACAUUGAGAUCGUAUAAUCAGUGGUGUAAACUGAAAAGACUCCAGUACAUCGGGUACGAUGUGUUCCACCACAAGUGGGGUAGCCUAGAUAUGCUCUCCGCGGAUAAUCUUGGGUCAUUACAGAAGAAGGACUUCUGGAAACCUCCAACUGCUUCCUGUAGCACCCAUGGACAGAGCGGGGACGGCUGA